UCCUGCAACACCAAGAAACCUGACCAAGAAUACAAUACAUCCUGCAACAUCAAGAAACCCGACCAAGAAUACAUCCUGCAACACCAAAAAACCUGACCAAGAACAGUACGUCCUGCAACACCAAGAAACCUGACCAAGAAUACAGUACAUCCUGCAACACCAAGAGACCUGACCAAGAAUACAUUACAUCUUGUACCACAUCUUAUAACACAAACUGUACAAUCCCUAGCAAUAUAAACGAACGUAACAAAGAAUAAAGAUUUUUUUGAAGAACCUAAAAUGAUAGAUGUCAGCUGCAACUGUUCAGCAGUAAUCUCUAAUUCGACUAACACGAGUCCAAAACUUCCCCCCGAAUACCUAUCAGUCAUAAAGAAAGUGUGUUACUUUAUCAUCGCCAUUUUAGCUUUGUUUGGAAACACGCUUGUUUCCUUGUUUUUCUGCCAGAAAAGAAAAACUCUGCUUAAGAAGUCUUAUUACAUAAUUCUCCUGGCCUUGGCCAUCACAGACAUAGUGACCGCUUUUUUCUUAUUCAUCACCCCAGCUUUCUUAUUCAUCGAUUCRUUUCCAGAACCAACCAAUAGGACGGCGCUGUGGAUUUAUUGCAAGGUCCUCUGGGGGCGGUUGCUGCUAUUUAUCUUUGGUGUUGCAUCGGUUUAUCUUAUUCUACUGUUGACAAUCGAUCGAUGGUACGCGGUGAUGAAGCCAACCAAGUACAAGACGUAUAUUACGAAGACUAAAGUCAUCCGAGGGAUCGUUCUUUCCUACUUUCUAGGUGCACUAUUUAUCAUACCCAGCCAUCCCAAUAUCAAAAUAAUCCCUGAAAACCCUUCAGGACAAAGAUGCAGCUUUGACAGGACACCUCAUCUGCAAGUUACAGUCACGAUAAACUUUUUUACUAAGGCGUUGUUCCCCUUCAUAGCGAUCGCUGUCAUGUACAGCAAUAUCUUGUACAAGAUGAAAAGCAGCUCGUUAUUUCAACAGCACAUGAAAGAACCAAGGAAACACAUCACGAAGAUUGCUUUUGGGGCGUCCUUGACAAUCCUGAUUUGCUGGCUACCAAACCAGAUAAACCUGUUACUCUACGCGUACGGAAUGUCGUCAGUCGAGACGUCGUUUCAUGACUUCACGGUGGGACUGGUGUUUAUGACGUCAUGCAUCAACCCAAUCCUCUACGGCCUGACCAGCAAGAAGUUUCGCAAAGGAUAUUGGGAAACCUUGAAGAGUUUUAAAAGAAUGUUUCAGCCGUUCUUCAAAUUAAGUACUUCGCUUAGAACCCAGAUCGAACCGGCACUCGGUAGUGAUGUGGUGCGCGAGCCUGGGGAGAGGCAUCGUGCGGUGGAAUGUUCGCUGACCCGAGUCUGCAAGAUUCAAUCGGACGAACAAAUCGAUGCUAAAACUUAGGCUUUCGGAUGGAAGUUGAAUCCAAAGAUCGUACGAAUAGAAUUGAGCUAUGCAGCCAUAAGGCCAUACAACAAAAAUUCAAGAAAAACAUUUGAUUAAAUUUGGCUUCUAUCUGUGUGGGGUCAGUGGUCAUGACGUCAUUGUUCAAAUAUGGUAUCAUCCCCUUAACCUGUUACCAUACAUCUGGUCAUGCAGUUGUCUACCCAAAGAAAUUCAGGUUUCAAAGUAGCUUACGAACUAAUUAUCUUUGUCGUUGAGAAUGACUACCAGAUCACUAUAUAAAUACGUACUAUAUGUUCUUGCAACAAAAACCAAGGGCGCUAACCAUUUAAACCAAUCCAAUAAUCGGCUUGAAAUUCAUUUGCUAAUGGUAAGAAAAGAGCGGGAAAUUUAUACUUCCGAAAAAUGGCACACGCGUCAAUCGGAAGACACCACAGGAACCCCAAGCUCUGAAUCUGUGUGGCCGUUACAAAUAAACUCUGUAUAUAAACUUUAAAAAGUAAAACUUUGAACCUAUUUUGCCAGAUGAUACGUCAAUCAGUCACAAUGAUGGGAAGCGGCAGUAGGUCUUUCAGCAACGUAACGUCCUACAAAAUACCCAGCUUUGUUUCAUCGGAUGUGACGCAGGCUAUGUUUUCCAUUCUUCGGCAUACGUGUAGAAAAAAUGAAU